AGGAAUUAUGACCCAGAUCGCCCCCAAAUUGGCUAAAAGCAGCUUCAGGCUCAGAGUCCAGCGUCGCGUUCUGCUUCUGCGGCGGUGCUUUUGUUGUUUUUGGGACAGACUCCUCAUGUGUUCCCCGGGAAAUCCUAUCGGGUACCGUAUAUUACCACGUGCUGCCACCCCCGCCGCCGACGGUUCCACGGCGUCGACUAACCUCACUACGCCGCCGUCGCCCGUUUGCCAUAGUAGCGGCCGCCAAGAUCUUAAGGACUCGGAUUUGGUUCCGUUGAAGAUCAGCCUCUUGGGUGACCCUCAAAUUGGUAAAACCAGUUUUCUGGUGAAAUAUAUUGGGGAUGAGAAAGAUGAACAAGAAGACAAUCAAGAGAAAGGGUUGAAUUUGAUGGACAAAACAUUUAUUGUAGAAGGAGCAAGAAUAUAUUACAGUAUCUGGGAAGUUGAUGGUAUGCCAUUUUUUAAACAAAAUUACAACAAUAUAUAAGAAACUUUAUUUAUUUUUGAAACUGGAAAUGCAGGAGCAGAGAAAUCACCAAAUCACAUUCCCCUAGCUUGCCAAGAUUCUGCAGCAAUUCUUUUCAUGUUUGAUCUAACAAGCAGAUGCACUUUAACCAAUGUCAUAAGCUGGUAUCAAGAAGCAAGGAAAUGGAAUCAGGUUUUCACAUUUUUCAUC